CAGAAGUGUGAGGAGGUGAGGGUGAGGGGGUGGAGUGGAGUGGAGUGGAGCGCUGGUAUAAAACCAAAGCAACAGAAGGAACAGAGACUCAUCGUAAACUGGAGGCUGAUGUGAACACUGAGUCUGAGGAGAGAGAAGAAGAAGAAGAAGAAGAGACUUUUCUUCAGUCGGUGAAGACUUGGAGGAGAAAAGACCAUGUUGUGGUUCUUGGUCCUGACCUGUGUGCUGUCCAUGGGAGGACACGUCACUGAGGGACAGAGAGAUGGAGAAAUUAUCAGCCAGAUUAAAAUGACAAACAUUGCACUGGCCGAGAUCAAGGAGCUUCUAAAACAGCAGAUUAAAGAGAUUGUAUUCCUGAAGAACACAGUGAUGGAGUGUGAAGCGUGUGGUAUGGGAGGGAUGCAGCCUCGCCCUUCCUGUGUCCCCAACCCCUGCUACCCCGGGGUCAGGUGCAGGGAGUCGGUUAAUGGUGUAGCGUGUGGACCAUGUCCAGAUGGUAUGGAGGGUAACGGUACCCACUGCACUGACGUGGAUGAGUGUACUGUGAUGCCAUGUCACAUGGGUGUGCGCUGUAUUAACACUGCACCAGGUUUCCGCUGUGGUUCCUGUCCUGCUGGAUACACUGGUCCCCAGGUCCAGGGCGUGGGUCUGGCCUACGCCACGGCCAACAAACAGGUCUGCAGAGACGUUAAUGAAUGUGAAGGACUCAACAAUGGAGGCUGUGUGGAAAACUCCAUCUGCAUGAACACACCAGGCUCCUUCAGGUGUGGUCCCUGUAAGACUGGCUACGUUGGCGACCAGCGUCACGGGUGUAAACCAGAGAGAGCCUGUGGGAACGGCCAGCCCAACCCCUGCCACGCCAGUGCAGAGUGCAUCGUUCAUCGAGAGGGUGAAAUCGAGUGUCAGUGUGGAGUCGGAUGGGCAGGCAACGGUUACCUCUGUGGUUCUGACAUCGACAUCGAUGGUUUUCCAGAUGAGAGGCUAGAGUGUCCUGAGAGGACCUGCAACAAGGAUAACUGUCUCACAGUCCCUAACUCUGGACAAGAAGACGCAGACAGUGAUGGAAUUGGAGAUGCCUGUGAUGAAGAUGCAGAUGGAGAUGGAAUCCCAAACAUGCAGGACAACUGUGUGCUGGUGCCUAACGUGGAUCAGAGGAACAUCGAUGAGGACGACUUCGGCGACGCCUGCGAUAACUGCCGUGCGGUGAAAAAUAAUGACCAAAGAGACACAGACGUGGACAAGUUCGGUGAUGAGUGUGAUGAAGACAUUGACGGUGAUGGGAUUCCCAAUCACCUGGAUAACUGCAAGCGGGUUCCCAACGUCGACCAGAAAGACCGAGAUGGAGACAACGUUGGAGACGCUUGUGACAGCUGUCCUUAUGUGCCAAACCCUGACCAGAUGGAUGUGGACAACGACUUGAUUGGUGAUCCAUGUGACACCAACAAAGACAGUGAUGGUGACGGUCACCAGGACUCCAGGGACAACUGCCCAGCUGUCAUUAACAGCUCUCAGCUGGACACAGACAAAGACGGCAAGGGAGACGAAUGCGAUGAUGACGACGACAACGACGGCAUCCCAGACCUGCUGCCUCCAGGUCCAGAUAACUGUCGUCUGAUCCCAAACCCCCUGCAGGAGGACAUUGAUGGUAAUGGCGUGGGAGACAUUUGUGAAAAGGAUUUCGACAACGACACCAUUGUGGAUCCCAUCGAUGUUUGUCCAGAAAAUGCUGAGGUGACUCUGACUGACUUUAGAGAGUACCAGACUGUUGUUUUAGAUCCAGAAGGAGACGCACAAAUUGACCCCAACUGGGUGGUCCUGAACCAGGGAAGAGAAAUAGUCCAGACGAUGAACAGUGAUCCUGGGUUGGCUGUUGGUUACACGGCAUUCAGCGGAGUGGAUUUUGAAGGGACGUUUCAUGUGAAUACGGUAACAGACGACGAUUACGCAGGAUUUAUCUUUGGCUACCAGGACAGCUCCAGCUUCUACGUGGUCAUGUGGAAGCAGGUGGAGCAGAUCUACUGGCAGGCGAACCCUUUCAGAGCCGUGGCAGAGCCAGGCAUCCAACUCAAGGCCGUCAAGUCAAACACAGGCCCAGGGGAGAAUCUGAGGAACGCCUUGUGGCACACGGGGGACACCAGUGACCAGGUGAAACUCCUGUGGAAAGAUGCUCGUAAUGUCGGCUGGAAGGACAAAACCUCCUACCGCUGGUUCCUCCAACACCGGCCCGCUGACGGCUACAUCAGAGUCCGUUUCUAUGAGGGUACGCAGAUGGUGGCGGACACGGGUGUCAUCAUAGAUGCUACGAUGAGAGGAGGCCGACUAGGAGUCUUCUGCUUCUCUCAGGAGAACAUCAUCUGGGCCAAUCUGCGUUAUCGCUGUAACGACACCAUUCCUGAGGACUUUGACACCUACAGAGCCCAGCAGGUCCGGCUGGUGUCCAGAUGAACACGGGGACGACUUCUGAGCCAGCAGAGAAAUUCAGGGAACACUUUUAAAUGCACAACUAUCUCAUGAGAAAGAAAGAAACCUGUCUUCUGUGAAGUGAGAGGAGGACAGUUUGAAGACGCUCCAAACUGGCGUCACAGAAGAGGAAACUGACCAGCUGUGAAAACUCUUCAGAAGAAACUUGUGAUGUGAAAGUCAUCAGAAAAAUGUCAGAAGUCUGUGUGAAACGGCAACUUUUCACCAUUUGUAUUUUAUCACUUGAAUUGUAUACUUUGUAGAAGAAGAAGAAGCUAAACUAUCAUGAAGUUAAUAAAGGUGGAUUUUGAUUAA